AUGAAAUUACAAUCUGUACAGAAUACAUCGAAAACAAAUAUUAUGAGAAAAAAAAGAGAACGUAAACAUCGAAGUAAAAUGUCUAAUACUGUGACAUUAUCAUCUUGUUUGCUAUUGUCUUCAUCUUUAGACCAAACGAAAACAGUAGAUGAUGAAUUGAGUGAGAAACGUGUUAAUCUAAGAAAAGAACGAUCUCGUUUAGCUGCACAAGUUAGACGUAAUCGAGAAGGUCAAAGUUUAAUGCUAAUACAAAAUGCUCUACCAAUAUCUUCUCAUGUUUUAGGAUUAAAUUUAGUUCAACAAAAUUCAAAAUCAUCUAGUUCGAUCAAUGGAACGAAACAAAUAAAUCAAUCAUCAGAAAAUAAUAAUGUAAUUAAUUCAGGUACAAUUGGACGUGGACAAAAGAAGACUAUCUAUUUUAAUUCAUCAGUGUCAAACACAAUGACAGGAUUUUUAACUACAACAUCAACAGCCACAAUUACAGAAAUACCGUCAUCUACAAUUUCUAAUAUACCAUCGGCUAUUAAUUUAGAAAAGACUAGAGUACUUCGUAUUGCUGGACAUACAUUAUUUCUUCUUAACAAAUUGUCUUCCUAUCUUAGAUUACAAGCAAAACUUUGUUUAACUUUAAAUAGUCAAUCAUUGUAUGGUAUGUUGAUUGAUGCAAAAGAAAUGAGAAUUGCUUAUGUAACACCUGCUUUAGCUAAAGCAAUUGGUUGGUCAUGGAUAAAACUUUUAGGUGCUCCUUUACAUAAAUUAAUAAAAUCUACAGGAUUGUCUCAAAAUUCUACAGAGACUCAUACAAAAUUAUCAUCUAAAUCUCAAUAUUCUCCAUUCAUUUCAUCAUCUCAUUUCAAUAAAACAAUCAAAGCUUCAAUUACUUGUUCCUCUCAUCCUAUUCAUGAAACUUCCUGUACAAAUCUUACUUCUAUCAAUAGUAAUGAUGAAUAUAUUAGUAAUAUUACUGAUAAUGAAUUUAUUUUACCGGAAUUUAUUACUUUGUUAAAAUCCAACUCUAAUGAACAACAUUUAUUGUGUACAUCAAAGAAUAAUAAAUUGGAUGAGAGAAUAUUGAAUUCUUCCUUGAUGUUGGAUAAUAAUGUAAACAAUAAUAAUAAUAAUAAUAAUAAUAAUACAAUGAAUACCACAUUUUCUGAUGUCAAUGAUAUAAAUACAAAUGGAUUUACUGGUACCAUUUCAAAAUCUCAUCGAAUAAUCAAUUCGGAUUCAUAUUACAAUAAUAAAAUGAAGAAUAUGAAUAAAUCUAUUCGAAAAUCUUCAUCUACACCAUUGAUAUCAUCUAAAUUAGAAUUAGAUAGAUUUGUACCUGGAAACAAUAUUACAAAUAUAAUCAAUUCAUCUAUUGAUAGUAACCAUAAUUGUAAUUUCGAUGAUCAAUUGCAUACAAAAUCAUCUCCUCAAAAUAAUAAUGAUAAUGAAUUGAUGUGUUACUGUUGGAGUAAUUUAAUGAUCAAUACAUUUGCUGAUGAUUCAACUGGAUUCAGUGAAAUUUUGAAUUCAUUAGAUGAAUGUAAUGUAAAUAAUAGUUCCACUGAUGAUAGUAACUAUAUCAAUGGUGAUGAUGAUGAUUAUGAUGAUGAUAAAUCUCUUAUCAAUAGUGAAUUAUUGGAUAUAUUAAUGAAGGAUUCAUUUUCUCAAGAUUCUUCAACUUUUGAAUCUUCAUGUGAUAAUUCUCACCCUUUUUCCAUAAUCAAUAAUCCAUGUAAUUCAUGUGAUAGUUUUGAUGAGAUCAGUUCAACUUUAUCUACUGGAUUGUACUUAUGUCUUUUACAGCCUGUAUGCAGUAAAACUUCAUCAUUUGAUGAUUUGACAAAUCAUGUGUAUUCCAUAAGCAACGAUACUGAAUAUAAUCAUAAUAACACUAUUAGUAAUGAUAGUAAUGAUAAUAAUAUUGGUGGAGACGUAAAUCAAAAUAAUCUCUUAGAUUCAUCUGUCCAUUCACUUGAAGAUUCACAAAAGUCAGCUGCCAAUGAUAAACAGGAUUCAUCAAUUUCAUGUGAGUUACAUAAAAACAUCAAUAUUAGACAGUCAGAUGAAUCAUUAACGGAACUCUGCAAUGUUGAUACAACAUCAUCAUCAUCAUUACUUAAUGUAUCGACGUCAAUGAAAAUCCCUUCCCUUGAACAAAACAAGGAAUGUAUACAAUCAAAAUCUUUCCAAUGUCAUAUGUAUUUAAAUUGUGCUUUGACAAUAAAAAUGGUUCAAGGAAAUUACACAGACUGUUUCGAUAUUGAAGAUCAGAGUGGUAUAAUCAAUUAUUCUUAUCUUGAGUUUAUUCAUCCUGAUGAUCUACAAAAUGUUAUUACUAUUUUUACUAGAAUAAUUCAUACAAAUUCUCUGGCAUGGAUCAGUCCAUACAGAGUAUCAGUAUAUAAUAAAAUGGUAAACAAUAAUACUGAAAAAUCUUAUCGUUGGAUACGUAGUUUAGUAUCGUACAACAAAAUGAAAAAUAUUUUUAUAUGUUCCAGUCAGUUUCUUGGAUUAUGUGAAUUAUACACUUGUGCUGUUGGAUCGAAUCAAAGAUUACUAAGUGUAACUUUUGAACAUUCACUUAAACAAUUUGAAUUAAAACUAAAUAAUACUAUCAAUGACAAUUAUAUCUCUUCUCAAAAUAUAAUGAAACCAUUCAAAUGUAAUCCUUCAAAUGAAUAUUCAAUUAAUCGUCGUUAUCAUCAACAAUUGAAAAGUAAACAAGUUCGUAUAUCUAAUUCAUCAUUUCGUCCUGUACGCUUAAAAAAACCAUCUACAUCAAUAGUGAUUAAAAAUAGUAACAUUAUUAAACCUAUCAAAUUGUUUACAUUUCAAUCUACUCAAUAUAUAAAACAACAAUCAGGACAAGGAUAUAAUCAGAUUAUUUCUACAAAUAAUCAGAUUAGAUCCAUUAGGCUACUUUCAUUGAAUAAUAGUGGUAAUAAUAAUAAUAAUAAUAAUAAUAAUAAUAAUAAUAAUAAUAAUAAUAAUAAUAAUAAAGUGCCUUGUUUAUCUCAUUUGAAUUCACAUUUAUAUGAUACUACUAAGGCUAAUGAUAAUAGACAAAUAAAUUCUGUAUUAAAUAUUUCUACAACCAAAUCUUCAUUGCAUCAUUCUCCUUCAAAUAUAUCAUCAGUUCCAUAUUAUGUAAAAUCUAUGUUACCAGUAGUUAACUAUACAUCAUUAUCAUCAUCAUCAUCAUCAUCAUCAUCAUCAUCAUCAUCAUCAUUGUCAUCACCUUCAAAAAAGUUAAUUUUCUUAUCUUCAGCUUCAUCUUUACCAUCAACUGUUUCAACAAAAUCAAUAAUGUUAAAUAAAUUACAAACAUUUAAUACUUCCAAUAUACUUAGGAAUAAGUUUCGAAAUGAUGAUAAACGAGGUAAAUAUAUUGAAUAUUCAACAAUGUGCCAAGACAACAAUCCUAUAACUUUACAUAAUAGUAAUAAUAAUAUUCAUUCUUCAUCAUAUUCACAAAUAAAUGAUGUUUACAAUCAAAUUGUAUUUGCUCAUGAAAACAAUAAAACAUUGAACCCAAUGAAAUUAACUGUAAAGCCUGUUUAUAAUGAUCAUCAAUGGAAAUCUGGAGAUAAUUGGUCAUCAUCUUUAACAGACAAUUCAUCACCUCAUUCAGUAUAUUCAUCUCAUGGAUCAAGUACAUCAAUCGAUCUUAGUCCAAAUGAACAAAAUCUAACAGAUUUAAGUGUGGGUAUGCAAAUGGAAGCUACUGUUAGUGAACUAUUAGAAUCAAUACCAUUAUCAAACAAAUUAUCGUAUGAUAAUGACGGAGUACAAAUGCAUAUAGAUUUUAAUGGUAAUUCAUAUGAUUCAAAUAUAUUUGAGCAUGAAGACUCAGAACUAUUACCAUUAGAUUCUGAUUUUGAAACUAUCCUGUUUAAAGAAAUAAAAGGAAUGUACCGAAUUCAAAUAAAACAAACCCUUAAUUGA